GUAGGGUGCCGGGCUGAGCGGCCUCGGGUCCUGGGGAACGACGCUCCGUCUUCGAGAGGCAGGCCUCGCCGGAGAGACGGAGGGCGUCGAAUUGACGGUCUCCCGCCGCUGAAGGCCCGGAGGAGCCGUGCGGGGGCGUCUUCAGGGAAACGCUGGAGCCGUGGGCCGGUGGGAGGGGGCGGUGGCCACCACGCCGAGACUCCUCCCAUAGUGACCACACUGGCUGCUUUCAUUUUCUCUCGUGACAGGUGAUCGGUUGGUCUGUCCUCUCACAGCGAGGUAUGAAUCGUCCUCGCGAGAUUUAUCCUCAGGCAGAGCGAGACCGAGGGUUGACGUCCUGGGCUUCUCAGGAACCAGCGCCUUAAGGACUUGUGUAUGAGGUGAUCUCCUGCCUGGCCUAGCGCCAUGCACACCCUUGUGUUCCUGAGCACACGGCAGGUGCUCCAGUGCCAGUCAGCUGCCUGCCAGGCCCUGCCCCUGCUGCCGCGAGAGCUCUUCCCCUUGCUGUUCAAAGUGGCCUUCAUGGACAAGAAGACGGUAGUUCUGCGUGAGCUGGUGCACACUUGGCCUUUCCCGCUGCUCAGCUUCCAGCAGCUGCUGCAGGAGUGUGCCCACUGCAGCCGUGCCCUGCUGCAGGAGCGGCCCAGCACAGAGAGCAUGCAAGCCGUGAUCCUGGGCCUGACUGCACGGCUCCACACCCCGGAGACUGAGCCUGGCACGCAGCCCCUCUGCAGGAAGCAUGCGCUGCGGGUGCUGGAUAUGACGGGCCUCCUGGAUGACGGCGUGGAGCAGGACCCUGGCACCAUGAGCAUGUGGGAUUGCACGGCAGCUGUGGCCCGCACGUGCAUCGAACAGCAGCAGGGCAGGACUGCAGAGCCUGGCCAGGCCCCUGUUCCUGUGGAGGUGCGUGUGGACCUGCGGGUGAACCGGGCUUCCUAUGCAUUCUUGCGGGAGGCACUCCGCAGCAGUGUAGGCAGCCCGCUGCGGCUCUGCUGUCGGGACCUGCGGGCUGAGGACCUGCCCAUGCGCAAUACAGUGGCCCUGCUGCAGCUUCUGGAUGCAGGCUGCCUGCGCCGCGUGGACUUGCGCUUCAACAACUUGGGCCUGCGCGGCCUGUCCGUCAUCAUCCCACACGUGGCCCGCUUCCAGCACCUGGCCAGCCUGCGGCUGCACUAUGUGCAUGGGGACUCUCGACAGCCCUCCGUGGACGGUGAGGAUAACUUCCGCUACUUUCUGGCCCAGAUGGGCCGCUUCACCUGUCUGCGGGAGCUCAGCAUGGGCUCCUCUCUCCUCUCAGGGCGGCUGGAUCAGCUGCUCAGCACCCUGCAGAGCCCCCUGGAGAGCCUGGAGCUAGCCUUCUGUGCCCUGCUGCCUGAGGACCUGCGUUUUCUGGCACGGAGCUCCCAUGCUGUCCACCUCAAGAAGUUGGACCUGAGUGGCAACGACCUGUCUGGGAGCCAGCUGGAGCCCUUCCAGGGUCUGUUGCAGGCAGCAGCAGCCACACUGUUGCACCUCGAGCUGACCGAGUGCCAGCUUGCCGAUACCCAGCUGCUGGCCACACUCCCUGUGCUGACUCGUUGUGCCAGUCUCCGCUACCUCGGCCUCUAUGGCAACCCGCUGUCUGUGGCAGGGCUCAGGGAGCUACUGCGGGACUCAGUGGUGCAGGCUGAGCUGCGCACAGUGGUGCACCCUUUCCCUGUGGACUGCUAUGAGGGCCUGCCCUGGCCACCGCCUGCCUCUGUCCUCCUGGAAGCCUCCAUCAAUGAGGAGAAGUUUGCCCGUGUGGAGGCCGAGUUGCACCAGUUGCUACUGGCCUCAGGCCGUGCACACGUGCUCUGGACCACAGACAUCUACGGGCGCCUGGCUGCAGACUAUUUCAGCCUGUGACCUCCAAGCUCUGGGUGAGAGACUGUCCGGGGGUCCAGGGCUGCUGGAGGCCCCUUGCCCCUUGGGUAGGCAGAGCCUAUCCUGGAACCCUGUGGAGGCUUGACACAAUGGCAGUGGCCUCUGAUUUCUUUGCUCCAGGGCUCGCCUUGAGCCUCCCCAUGCUUUCUGCAGCACCGUGUGCAGUUUGUCCUGCGUCUGCUCCCCUGGCUGGCUGACCAUCUGUGGGCCUGAGGGCUGGAUUCCAGGCCUACAUGGCCCUGCUUGGUUUGGCUGCACUUAGCUGCUCUUCAGUGUCCUGGGGUCUUCAAGCUGAGAGAUGAUGUUUUCCUCUAGGCCCUCUCCAAGACCAGAUUGCUCUGGGUUGGAAGUUGGGACAGGGGCCUGCUUCACGGAGGGUUGGGAUCCUAGACACUCUGGGGCCUCUUACCUCUUCUGGGUUUUGGUGCCAGAGGGUGUCUUAAAGGUACAAACGUGCAGUGUGCUUAGAACUUAAA